AUGUUUUUUUUCCAGCGAUUACCGUAUCCGAAAUCGGUAUUUUUCAUUGUCACAAAUGAAUUUUGCGAAAGGUUUUCAUUUUACGGGAUGCGUACCAUCCUCGCACUGUACCUGAGAUACAAACUCGAUUUCGACGAUGCCUUAUCUACCGUCAUAUACCAUGUAUUCAUUAUGGUAUGUUAUUUUUUUCCACUUUUGGGAGCCGUUUUGGCCGACAGUUGGUUGGGAAAAUUCAAAACGAUUUUAUAUCUUUCGAUCGUAUAUGCGAUCGGUAACGUCAUCGUGUCAAUAUCAGCCAUACCGGACACGUUACCCCGCGUAGCAUUUACCAUGAUCGGAUUGUUACUCAUAGCUUUCGGUACGGGUGGUAUAAAACCCUGCGUGUCAGCAUUCGGUGGCGAUCAAUUCGUUCUUCCGCAACAAGAGGAUCAAUUACAAAAAUUUUUUUCAAUUUUUUAUUUCGCCAUUAAUUCCGGAAGUUUCAUAUCGACAUUUCUAACUCCGAUACUAAGAGAAACGUCUUGUUUUGGACAGGAUUCUUGUUAUUCUCUAGCUUUUGGCGUACCUGCCAUUCUCAUGGUUGUUGCCAUAGUUAUAUACAUCGGUGGACAUAAAUUCUACAAAGUUAAAAAACCAGAAGGAAAUGUUGUUGUGAAAGUUGGAAAAUGCGUUUGGCAUGCCAUCACGAAAAAAGACGAUCAGAAGUACACGCACUGGUUGGACAAAGCACAAGAUAAAUACGAAGUUGGAUUUAUAGAAGAUCCGACUUAUGCCGUUUUACCUAAACCGGGAGAAGGACAAGUUAGAUUUUUUAACGGUUUUACAGAAAAUAUAACUCUCAAUAGUCCAGAACUCGGUCUUGAAAAUCACGAAUUGGUCACGUUGGGAAAAUUGGAAAUGCUAAACAUAAAAUUACAAAAUGAAAAAUCGUUCACGGUUAAAUAUUCGAUCGGAAAAGAAAAAGCGAAAGAAAAAGAAAUUAAAGUUUUCGAAAAUCUCGCGACAUCAUAUACUUUCACACCGGAUAAAGUUUUAAUCGGAGAAAAUGAAGAUGCGGAUAAAUCGGAUAACGGAAAUCCAAAAUUCAUGUUAAUUUAUUCAAAUUAUGAUGAAAAAUUUACACCCAAGAAAAUUUUACUCUCCGAAAAAGGACAACCUCAUUAUGUAUAUAAUUUAACAAUCGAAAAUGGAAAAAAUCAAUAUAAUCCAUUUAAAAAAAUCGAUUUGGUUACGGAAACGUACACGUUAUCAGUAGACGGUAAAAUGGUUUUAAACGAUAUAAGCAUGAAACAGGGUGGUUGUUAUUUAGCAUUAAUAAGUCAAACAUCAGAUGAAAUAAAAGCGAACGUAUUAACGAUAACAAAUCCGAACAGCGUUCACAUACUUUGGUUGAUACCACAAUACAUAGUAAUAACGGCAGGAGAAAUAAUGUUUUCAAUAACAGGUUUAGAAUUUUCAUUCACGCAAGCUCCGAGUAGUAUGAAAUCCCUUUUGCAAGCUGCAUGGCUCAUAACCGUUGCAUUGGGUAAUCUUGUUGUCGUAAUCGUAGCAGAAGCUAAAAUAUUCGACAGCCAGAUGUACGAAUUUUUAUUGUUCGGUGGUCUCAUGUUAUUGGACAUGAUAAUAUUUGCACUCAUGGCUAUGCGUUAUAAAUACGUCGAAGUGUCACAAAUAGUCGAACAAGAGGCUGCAGUUAUUGGAAAAGUCGAGGGAACCAUAACCGAUCCAUAA